AUUAUUGUGUUCUUCUAUAACUAAUUCCCGUCCUUUGAUUUGCUGUUCCUUUGUUCUGUUGUGAUGACACUGGAUGAAUUUGCUGUGAUACACUCAUAACUGCCACUCCUUUGUUAUCCCCCAAGUGUGCCGAUUCAAGGCCGAUAUCCUUUCGGUAGAACUUCUCAGAAGAAGCCGGCCUGACCGAUAGCGUCGUGGGUUUUUUUAAACUUCUUCAGCUUGCCUUUUCGCCGCUGCCUCUGACUCCUCCCGCUUUUCCGGUGUUGGUGGCAUUGCCUCGAAUGUGUCAUUGAGCUCCCGAACGUCGUCGGGGUGGAAGCUCAACACACCCGCCAUCAUCCUCCCUCCCUUCACCCCUUUCCUCCUCGCCAUCCUCCCCGAUCCUCCUCUCGAUUCCUCUCUUCUGUCGCUCCCGAUCGACUCCGGACAGCCGCCUGGAUAAGCGCGUCGCUUAGCUGGUGCUGCCUGGCCCUCCCUCACCAACCACCUCCUCCUGUCUCAGCAAUGAUGUACCCUGCGUGGAAGCCUGCUCACGAUCCGAUCACCACCUGCGAAGAUUCCGAGAUUGCUGCUUUUCAUAUCGUUGUCGAGAUGACUGCCUGCGUCUAGAGGGACCUUUUUUUCCGUCGCACCUGAAGGGGAGUCACACUGCUAACCCGGAGUUGACUACGCGCCGCCACGCCACAUCGCUCCUCCACAUUAAUACCGGCUGUGCCUCUCCUUCUCCUGUGAAUUUGAUACCUUGCAUACCGACCCUGUCCCCUGACGCUAGUCAUCUCCUUUCCCUCUCUCUCUCUCGCCUGUUCUGCUUCCUCGUUGUCUUGUUUAUUACUCUUGGAAUCCCCGCGGGUGGUGAUCGGAGUCAUCCUCUCUGUCUUCCCCUGCCACUAGCUUCUCAUUCCUCCGCCGCCUCCUCCACAAAGCUACCCAAGCUCAACACGCCUCAGCUACCUCUUCCUCGCCUCCGCCAUCACACACCUCACUGCCUUCCUGCUGCUCCUCUGACGCGCUCCUCUGACGCACUCCGGUAGCUACGAUCACGCCUUACCUUCUCAUCCUUCCAUGCCCAUCAUAGGGUGACUCAUCCCUUAUAUCUACAUAAACUUUCAUCCGUCGUCAUCACAUUAAACCUGGCUAUCUGCUGAGUUUAAGAAGGUUCCCCGUCGCCUUUAUAACUAAUAAAGACGGGUCUUGUCCCCUCGCUGCCUCUUCACGGUUAUUAUCCAAACGGUCUAUUUCCCCCCGGCAAAAUUAACCCGGAUCAUAUAUCGUCCGUUACCUCUGUAUCCCCCGUUUCCGCGUUUACCUCUGUUGGUUUGAUAUAGAGUGAGCGCGGCCGUGCGUCGGAUAUAUCAGUAAUGGACGCCCUGGAUUUCAAGUUUGCGAAUCCAGGCAUUCAAAAUUCCUUCCAACAGCCCUACCCUUACGCCUCGUCGAUAGCAUCCUCCGCCUCCUCGUCCUCCUCUUCUGUCUUUUCCUUCGACGGCCUCUCUUCCUCUCAGAGUUCAAUCUCGUCUUCCACCUCUUCGGUCGACAUCAUCUGGGAGAAUGAGGCGUCCAGCCAAUCAAAAUGCAGAGGAGUGAGAGUUGAGUCUGGUUCACGCUGCAUUCAAGGUCAAAAGAGUUACGCUGUUAAGGCCACGGAAACUUUGGUGGCGCCUGAGCUUCGCCAACAUCCCCGACGGAGCUUUCGCUCUGAUGCAUCAGCACUCGGGUCGCGCUGUGCUCGACCACCACCUCCAUUAACACGCGCAUCUCAGCGGAGAGUCAAUUUUGUUGAUCACCUUGUCGACUCCGCUGCGCAAAUCGUAGAAACCAUAUGGCCACUUUCCGUCGUGGCUGCCCGUAGUGACUCCGCUCUUGGCUGCAAAGGAGUCCUACCCCUCCGAAGUUUUAUUCAGGAGACUCUCCGCCGUUCUCGUACCAGCUACUCUACGCUACAAGUCGCGCUAUACUAUCUUAUCCUGAUCAAGCCACGCAUCCCAACGCAUGACUUUACUGUGGAGCAGUCGGGAGCCCAGCAAUGCUCACGUGCUAUGCAGUGUGGGCGACGAAUGUUUCUCUCGGCCCUCAUUUUAGCUUCAAAGUAUCUCCAGGAUAGAAAUUAUUCCGCUCGGGCUUGGAGCAAGAUUUCCGGUUUGAGUACCACGGAAAUCAAUCAGAACGAAUUGAUUUUCCUCAAUGCAGUUGCAUGGAGACUACAUAUUUCGGAGCCUGUCUUUCAGCGGUGGUCUGAUAUCGUCCUACGCUAUACUUCUUCUACCGAUGGUGCUUUUAACGGUGACGGUCUUUCUUGGCGGUCCAUCAUCCCGUCUCUCAACCCUGAGCUUGAUACCAUUGAUUUGGACCCUGUUCGGAACGGGCCCGUUUCAAUUCAAGAUCUGCUCUCCCCCGUUACGACCCCAUCUCCAAGUCGCUCUCCCGUUUCUGGAUAUCAAUAUCAACCUUCGACAUACGAUCAAACUCCGACUUAUUCGCACAGUCGCGGUGUCCGGAGCACUCUGGGUGUGGAGUCGGCACAGGAAUUGCGGUUGCCAUCUCUCCCAAAGCUUGGUGUUCUUCCAACCCCACAGAUGAGCCCACAGAGCGUUUCCGACAGCACUCCUGCAGCGGGUGCUGUUUCAUUCACUCCUCGUGGGCCGUCUAUGACUUGCGCCAUGCGACAAGCACAGAGGUGUGCUCAACGUACAACUCUCGACCAGCGACCACCGUUACGUGCGUUUAAUAAUAAACCAGCUUCCUACGAGUCGUAUCCUCUCAGCACUCGGCGUUCGUCUCUUGCUCGCUCCUCCACGUCGUCUCCGGAGUCGAUGAUAUCCGAUGUUCCAUCCUUGGCUUCGUCACUGUCCAGCCGCUCCUCUCGGUCCUCCUCUAUUUCUUCUGUUGCGUCGGGAACCUGCGCGCCCACCCUGCCUCGCUUGGCUACUCGGGCGAUGCGUCGCGGGGCAAACAAGGAGAAUAGGAAGCCGCUCGCUAUCGGGUCGCCAAUCGACGAAGGAUCUUACCAGGAUAUUAUUUAUACUUCACCCGAGCCUAUGUCCGCUUCCAGCGUCAACGUUCCAGAUCUGACCAACUUCUCUCUGGGCACGCCAGUUGACAAGGCUCAUGAAGCGGCUCAGAGCCUUUGCGAGCUCUCUGCCGCCGUUCCUCGCUCCACUCCAUCUCUGUCUGCUUCAAGCUCGCCUAACCGGAUGUCCCGAAAGCGUGGACGUACUAACAGCUCUACUGGGAUGGUUCUACAGCACCAUGUUCGUAACCUCAUAUCUUUGGAUGCCAGAAAAGACGAGGAUGAUAGCACCUAUGUCAUCCCGGACAAUCGGGUUGCAGACUCGUUCUUAAUUCCACAGCCCAAAGCUGUGCAAUCCCCUGCGCGAUGCUCAUUUGGUGGUCUCCGGUUUCCCCUGCCACUGUCGUUCCCUAUGGAGACUGGGAGCGUGAAGCGUGCAUGCUGUGGAACAGAAGCAACGCAAGUUCCCUGGGGUAUGAGCAGUGCAUCAGCAGAGAGUGUGGUGGAUAUGGUGGACUAGACCAAGCCUGUCUAUCCAUCCACCUGCUUUCAUGUGGAUGCGUGUUUAAUCCAUGGGGAUGGCAUGUCUUGAUGGUCAAGGUACAACAUUUCCACUUAAUCUGUAACCUUGUUUCCCAACUUCCCUGGAUUCUUUGGUGUUUGUAUGAUGGAGCAUUUUGUAAACCUUAUGGAAGGUUUGCUUGUUUGUGUUGAUUCUUUUAUCUAGCAUUUUGUUUCGAUCCCUUCUUUUCCCCCUUUGUAUCUUUUCCCUAUUUGUUCCUCUCGCCAUGUGAUCUCUCAAUGAAGUUGCAAGAAUCAUUGCGCCGUGAGUGAGCGGACACAGGAGCAUGAAGGAGUAUGGGAGUCCCUAUGGAACUGAAAGGAAUUCCCCGGCACGAUGAGAUGCUACUAUCUCAAUUUCGUAUUGUAUAUAGCAUACCUGUGGCAUCUUUUAGGUAUCUACGUACCUGCCUGCAUGCUUACUGGUCACCCUGACUGACGAACCGAACGAACAACAAACAAGCAUGAGACUUAGCUGUCUAACAACAUAUUAACCUUAGUAUAGAUAGCUAGCCAUCUACCUCAAUGACACUACUAACUUUAGAU